UAGGCUGACUGUGUGGUGUGUAGGCGUGGUUAGGAUUAGGUGCUGGCGGGAGCUGUUCGGCGCGGGAAGUGAAGGAACGGAAUGGUGCUCCAGAACAGUGGAAAGCUACGAGCCGAGCCUCGGGGUGAUGGGGAGAAUCAGCAAGAUGAUGCUUCCGCAAGCUCAGCUGCCAAGAGACUGGAACGCAGUCAGUGGACAGACAAGAUUGAUGCUCAGUAUGGUUUUGAGAGGAUUCGUGAACCUGGGGAAAAAACAGGCUGGCUGCUCAAUAUGCACCCGAAUGAGAUUCUGGAUGAGGACAAACGCCUGGUGAGUGCUGUGGAUUAUUACUUUAUACAAGAAGAUGGAAGUCGAUUUAAGGUAGCACUGCCAUACAAACCAUAUUUCUAUGUAGCCACAAAGAAGGGUUGUGAGAGGGAGGUUUCCUCUUUCCUUUCCAAAAAGUUCCAGGGGAAGCUGGCAAAGUUGGAGACAAUACCAAAGGAAGAUCUGGAUUUGCCAAACCAUCUUGUUGGCCUGAAACGAGGCUAUAUCAAAUUGUCUUUCCACUCCGUGGAUGACCUUAUUAAAGUGAGGAAGGAGAUCUCCCCUGCUGUGAGGAAGAACAAAGAGCGCGAUCAUGCCAGUGACACUUACACAGCCAUGCUCUCUAGUGCCCUGACUGGGAAUAACAUGGGUGCAGAGGAGGAAGGUCCUUCCAAGAAGAUCUCUGAUCAGAUGGAGAAUAUAGUAGACAUGCGGGAAUAUGAUGUUCCAUACCAUGUGAGAGUUUCCAUAGAUCUAAAAAUACAUGUGGCACACUGGUAUAAUAUUCGGUAUCGUGGAAGCUCUUCCCCUCCAGAAAUCACACGACGGGAUGACCUUGUGGAAAGGCCUGACCCAGUAGUCUUGGCAUUUGACAUUGAAACCACAAAGCUGCCUUUAAAGUUUCCAGAUGCUGAAACAGACCAAAUUAUGAUGAUUUCCUACAUGAUUGAUGGACAGGGUUACCUGAUAACAAAUCGAGAAAUUGUAUCAGAGGAUAUUGAAGACUUUGAAUUCACACCAAAGCCUGAGUAUGAAGGGCCUUUUUGCAUCUUUAAUGAACCAGAUGAGGCACAUCUUAUCCAGAGAUGGUUUGAACACAUGCAAGAGACCAAGCCCAAUAUAAUUGUAACAUACAAUGGGGAUUUCUUUGACUGGCCAUUUGUAGAAACUCGUGCUUCAGUGCAUGGGAUGAGUAUGCUUCAGGAGAUUGGAUUUCAGAAAGACAAUCAAGGAGAAUACAAAUCUCCUCCUUGCAUUCACAUGGAUUGUCUCAGGUGGGUGAAGAGAGACAGUUAUCUGCCUGUUGGAAGUCACAACCUCAAAGCUGCUGCUAAAGCUAAGCUGGGUUAUGACCCAGUGGAGCUGGAUCCAGAGGAGAUGUGUCGCAUGGCUACUGAGGAACCACAGGUCCUCGCAACAUACUCUGUGUCAGAUGCAGUAGCAACUUAUUAUAUGUACAUGAAGUAUGUUCAUCCCUUCAUCUUUGCCCUCUGCACUAUUAUUCCAAUGGAGCCUGAUGAGGUCCUGAGAAAAGGCUCAGGAACCCUCUGCGAGGCACUGCUGAUGGUUCAGGCAUACCAUGCGAAUAUAAUUUUCCCCAACAAACAAGAGGCAGUGUUCAACAAGCUAACCAGUGAUGGCCAUGUGCUGGAUUCUGAGACCUAUGUAGGUGGACAUGUGGAGGCUCUUGAGUCUGGAGUGUUUCGGAGUGAUAUUCCUUGCCGCUUUAAAAUGAACCCAGCAGCUUUUGAUUUUUUGCUCCAGCGUGUUGAGUUAACCUUGCGCCAUGCAAUUGAGGAAGAGGAGAAAAUUCCACUUGAGCAGGUCACAAACUUCCAAGAGGUCUGUGAGGAGAUUAAGAAGAAACUCAAUUCUCUUAAGGAGGUGCCAAAUAGAAUAGAGUGUCCUCUUAUAUACCAUCUUGAUGUUGGGGCAAUGUACCCCAAUAUUAUUCUUACAAAUAGACUUCAGCCCUCUGCCAUGGUGGAUGAAGUGACUUGUGCUGCUUGUGACUUCAAUAAACCUGGAGCUACUUGUCAGCGACAGAUGACCUGGCAGUGGAGAGGAGAGUUCAUGCCUGCUAGCCGCAGUGAAUAUCAUCGCAUACAGCAGCAGCUAGAGUCUGAAAAAUUUCCACCUCUCUUUCCUGGGAAGCCUCCACGAGCAUUUCAUGAGUUAACACGGGAGGAACAAGCAAAGUAUGAGAAAAAGCGUUUAGCAGAUUAUUGCCGUAAAGCAUAUAAAAAGAUACAUGUAACAAGGCUAGAGGAGAAAGUCACAACCAUCUGUCAAAGGGAGAAUUCCUUUUAUGUCGACACUGUGCGAGCUUUUAGAGAUCGAAGAUAUGAGUUUAAAGGGCUGCAUAAGGUAUGGAAAAAAAAGCUCUCUUCUGCAUGUGAGAGUGGAGAUGCUGCUGAAAUUAAGAGAUGUAAGAACAUGGAGAUUUUGUAUGAAUCUCUGCAGUUGGCUCACAAGUGCAUUCUAAAUUCUUUCUAUGGAUAUGUUAUGCGCAAAGGAGCCCGAUGGUAUUCCAUGGAGAUGGCUGGUAUUGUGUGCUACACUGGAGCCAACAUCAUCACACAAGCUCGAGAACUGGUAGAGCAGAUUGGGAGACCACUUGAACUAGAUACGGAUGGCAUUUGGUGUGUUCUUCCUAACAGUUUUCCUGAGAACUUUGUAAUCAAAUCGACAAAUGCCAAAAAGCCAAAAGUAACCAUAUCAUACCCAGGAGCCAUGCUAAACAUUCUGGUAAAGGAGGGUUUUACAAACCACCAGUACCAAGAGCUGAGUGACCCAGCCACCCUCACUUACAUAACACGAUCUGAGAACAGUAUCUUCUUUGAGGUGGAUGGCCCUUAUCUGGCCAUGAUCCUUCCAGCUUCCAAGGAGGAGGGAAAGAAGCUAAAGAAAAGGUAUGCUGUGUUUAAUGAGGAUGGAUCACUUGCUGAGCUUAAAGGAUUUGAGGUUAAGCGAAGAGGAGAGCUGCAGUUGAUAAAGAUCUUCCAGUCUUCUGUGUUUGAGGCUUUCCUGAAGGGUAGUACCCUUGAAGAGGUGUAUGCAUCUGUGGCAAAGGUGGCAGAUUACUGGCUAGAUGUGCUGUACAGCAAGGCAGCCAAUAUGCCAGAUGCUGAACUAUUUGAACUAAUCUCAGAAAACCGUUCUAUGUCCCGACGACUGGAGGAUUAUGGAGAACAGAAGUCCACUUCCAUCAGUACUGCAAAAAGACUAGCUGAGUUUCUGGGAGACCAGAUGGUCAAGGAUGCCGGUCUAAGCUGUCGUUAUGUCAUCUCUCGCAAACCUGAAGGUUCCCCAGUCACAGAGAGGGCCAUUCCCCUGGCAAUCUUCCAGGCUGAAGUGGGUGUAAAAAGGCAUUACUUGCGAAAGUGGCUAAAAAAUCCUUCCUUGCAGGACCUGGAUAUACGUUCUAUUCUAGACUGGGAUUACUACAUAGAAAGAUUGGGCAGUGCAAUUCAGAAGAUUAUUACCAUCCCAGCAGCACUGCAGCAGGUGAAGAAUCCUGUCCCACGUGUACGUCAUCCAGACUGGCUUCAUAAAAAGCUGCUGGAAAAAAAUGAUAUCUACAAACAAAAACGAAUCAAUGAGCUGUUCACCAGUGAAGGCAAAAGACAGAUCACUGCCCAGAUGCAGCAGCCGGAUUCCUCGCAAACUCCAGACAUGGAAGAUUUUGGAAUAGGCAAGCGUCUGCAACCAGCAGUGCCAAUAAGCACCAAAAGAAAGCGUGUCCCAACAGCUGAAGACAGCCAAGGAGACUCCCAGAACCUGGCUCUUACCCAGUCUUGGCGUGAAGUUUUGGGACCGCCACCUCCACUAGGUACCACCAAGGAAGAACGUCUAGUCUGGCUCCGUUACCACAAGAAAAAGUGGGAGCUACAGGCACGUCAACGAAAAGAGCGACAGAAGAAACGAAGACUGGAGGAUGGAGAUGUGGCACCAGGUGCAGGAGGAGUGAUACGAGAAACCCAGGCAGCUGGACUUGGCAGUUUUUUGAGACGGACUGCACGCAGUAUUCUAGACAUGCCAUGGCAGAUUGUGCAAAUUGGUGAAAGCAGCCAGCCGGGGCUUUUCCGCCUGUGGGCUGUUAUUGGCAAUGACCUGCACUGCAUUAAACUCAACAUUCCUCGUGUUUUUUUUGUGAACCAGCGCAUCCCUAAACCGGAAGAGGGAGCGGUCUACCGGAAGGUAAAUCGAAUCUUACCUCGGUCUAACCCAGUCUACCAUCUUUAUGAAUAUACAGUACCAGAGGAUAUGUACCAAGAACACAUCAAUGAAAUCAAUGCAGACCUCUCCGCCCCUGAUAUUGAGGGGGUGUAUGAGACCCAGGUUCCUCUAAUUAUGCGAGCAGUAAGUCAGCUUGGCUGUGUCUGUAUGGUGAACAAACAGCUGGUGCGACACCUUUCAGGACGGGAAGCAGACACCUUUGACUUAGAACAUUUAGAAAUGAAGUCCCUAGCUCAGUACAGCUACUUGGAGCCAGGAAGCAUCAGACACAUCUAUCUGUAUCAUAAUUCUCAGGGUCACAAAGCACUCUUUGGUCUUUUCAUCCCUUCCCAGCGAAAAUCAGCUGUUUUUGUGGUGGACACGGUCCGCAGUAACCAGAUGCCAAACCUAAGCAAUAUGUAUACAGCAGAACACACUGCCAUGCAGGAGAGAGUGGAUCCUGAACUCCUGCCCCCAGAGAAACAUAUAUUUGAAGUACGAGCAGAGACAGACCUAAAAACAGUCUACAGAGGAAUUCAGAGACUGCUCCUUAGCUAUAAGGAUGAAAGACGUGGCCCAACUCUGAUUGCAGUACAGUCUAAUUGGAAUUUAAGACGGUUAGCAGCUGGAAUGCCCGUUCUGGAGGAGUUCCCUCUUGUACCUGUACGUAUAACAGAUGAUAUUAGCUAUGGUGUGUUGGAUUGGCAGCGCCAUGGAGCCAGACGCAUGAUCCGUCAUUAUCUAAACCUGGAUAGUUGUCUUUCCCAGGCCUUUGAGAUGGCAAGGUAUUAUCACUUGCCUGUGGGUAACCUACCAGAUGAUGUGUCAACCUUUGGAUCUGACUUGUUCUUCUCAAGACACCUUCGCAGGCACAAUCAUCUUCUUUGGCUAUCGCCUAGCGCCCGUCCUGAUCUGGGGGGCAAAGAAGCAGAUGAUAACCGUUUGGUUAUGGAGUUUGAUGAGAAGGCAUCAGUUGAGAUCAACAAUCCAGGAUGCUAUAAUACUGUGUGUGUCGAGCUGGAUAUCCAGAGUCUGGCAGUAAAUAGUAUCCUUCAGUCCCAUCACAUCAAUGACCUGGAGGGAGCUGGAAGUAUGGGAAUAAGCUUUGAUGUCUUGCAGCAAGCCUCUCUUGAGGAUAUGGUCACUGGAAACCAAGCAAGCUCUGUGGCCAGCUAUGAUGAAACAGCCCUCUGUUCUAACACCUUCAGGAUUCUGAAAAGCAUGGUGGUGGGCUGGGUAAAGGAAAUCACACAGUAUCACAACGUCUAUGCUGAUAACCAAGUUAUGCACUUUUAUCGUUGGCUGCGGAGUCCAUCCUCUCUGUUAUACGAUCCAGCUUUGCAUCGAACUUUGCACAACAUGAUGAAGAAGCUAUUCUUACAACUUGUAGCAGAAUUCAAGCGUCUGGGAUCCUCUGUUGUUUAUGCCAACUUUAACCGUAUUAUCCUGUGCACAAAGAAGCGUCGAGUGGAAGAUGCUGUUGCCUAUGUAGAAUACAUUACACAGAGCAUCCAUUCUCGGGAGAUCUUUCACUCUCUUACCAUCUCGGUGUCACGUUGCUGGGAGUUUCUGCUUUGGAUGGAUCCAGCAAAUUACGGGGGCGUCAAAGGAAAGCUCCCUUCCAGCGUUCAUUAUGGAGAGAGUGCAAAGAAGAAGAAAGCGCUAGAUGGUGAGGGGGAUGAUGGCAGUGAAGAUGAAGAGGAAGAUGAUCAACCAGUGAAUUCAGAUGACGAGCAGUCAGAAGAUCAAGUUGAAGAAUCCCUUGAGAAUAAUUGGAAUAUUGUUCAAUACCUGCCCCAGGCAGCAUCCUGUCAAAGCUACUUCUUGAUGAUAGUGUCUGCUUACAUUGUGGCAGUGUAUCACAGUAUGCGUGAGGAGAUGAGACGGAACGCCCCAGGCAAUACUCCAAUUAAACGCAGGCAGAACAGUCAAGUCUCCCAAGAAGCUAAUGCUGAUGGAGGUGCCAUGCCAGGUCUUAUCACAUUUUCUCAAGAUUAUGUGGCAAACGAACUGACUCAGAACUUCUUCACCAUCACACAGAAGAUCCAGAAAAAAGUAACUGGAACACGUCAUGCCACAGAACCCUCUGAAAUGUUUCCCAUUUUACCAGGGUCACACCUGCCCCUUAAUAACCCUGCCUUGGAGUUCAUAAAAUAUGUUUGCGAGGUACUGGCACUGGAUUCAAAUAUAACAAACCAAGUAAACAAGCUGAAGAGAGACCUUCUAAGGCUAGUUGAUGUUGGAGAAUUCUCAGAAGAUGCACAGUUCCGUGAUCCAUGCCGUUCUUAUAUCUUACCUGAAAUCAUAUGCAGGAGCUGUAAUUUCUGCCGGGAUCUAGAUUUAUGCAAAGAUCCUGCUAUAAAUCAGGAUGGAUCUGUGCUACCUCAGUGGGUUUGUACAAACUGCCAGGCUGAAUAUGACUCUGAUGGUAUUGAGAUGGCUUUGGUAGAGGCUCUACAGAAGAAAAUGAUGGCUUUUACUCUUCAGGAUUUGGUAUGUAUGAAGUGUAAAGGAGUGAAAGAAGCCAACAUGCCGGUGUAUUGCAACUGUGCAGGAGACUUCACGCUCACUAUAUCUGUUAAGGUGCUUUUGGAGCAGAUUAAUGUAUUUCGGAACAUUGCACAGCAUUACAACAUGGCUCACCUUCUGGAGACAAUUGUCUGGAUUAUGCAACAAAAUUCUCAUCUCAUCCAGUGAUCUGCUGAAGAAUUCAGAAGCAGUGUAAAACUGUUUUUGUAGUGGAAAUCUAGUCAGUAUCUGACUACCUCAUAUUCAUAGCCGCUUACUAUAUACUUUGACCAUUUGCAAUAAAUAUUGUUAAAAGUAUUUGACAUUAAAUAUAUUUGUACAUCUGU